AUGGAGCAACAAAAUACCAUUUACGAUGUUGUGAUCGCAGGCGCUGGGCCUGUUGGUCUUUUCCUUGCAUACAAGAUGCGAUGCUUGGGCCAUUCAGUCUACAUUUGUGAUCCAAAGCUGGGUCCCACUGACCAAAGUCGUGCUGUGUUGCUGACGUCUCGUACCAUGGAGAUUUUUGCAUUGAAUGGGAUAGCCGAGCAUUUUCUCAAAGAGGCAAUCAUAGCACAAGGGAUGGAAGCUCACUAUAAGGGAUCAACGCUUGGUACCAUCAGUGUCGCCACCACAGACUUGACGCCUUUUCCUCAAAUGACCUUGCUUGUUCAAGAGAAAACGGAAGCCAUUUUUAUUGAUUUGCUUGAAAAGAUGCAUUCGAGUAAUGAUGUUAAGGCUGUAGAGUGGCGUACGGAGGUGUGUGGGUAUUCCCAACACGAUGACCAUGUCGAAGUCCAGGUACGAAACGUCAACGACGACACCAAUAAGACAUCAACUAUACAAGGUCGUUAUCUUAUCGGGUGUGAUGGCACUCAUUCGGUGGUAAGACGAAAGCACGGUGAUUGGAAGUAUGAAGGUUAUUCGGUGGACACGCAAUUCGUGUUGGCAGACAUUGCUUUGGAAGGCCGUGAUGUGGAUCGGGUGACUAGCUAUCGUGCACACGCCUUUAUGCAUCCUACUGGAUUCUGUGGCCUAAUUCCUAUCGGCAAACGGAACGGCAAAGAUUAUUUCAGGCUUGUGAAUAAUCUCACACCGUAUCAGGUGGCAAAAUCAGAUGACACCACGCAUGGCAUUUCACGCACUGGAGAAACCGUUACACUUGAUCGACUCAAAGAGCUCAUGGAAGAUCGCUUAAAUCCUUUGGAUAUCAAACCUGUUGAUCCAGUAUGGUCAUCCGUAUUUCGGAUCAAUGAGCGCAAGGCAAAUGGCUUUCGACGAGGUCGUGCCUUUGUAGUAGGAGAUGCUGCCCAUUGUCAUUCACCUGUGGGUGGACAGGGUCUUAAUCUUGGAUUUCAAGAUGCUACCAAAGUGGAUAACAUAGCAUGGAAGCUUUCGCUGGUUUUGAAUGGUCGCUCCAACGAUGUAGACAAGCUGCUGGAUUCUUAUACCAUCGAGCGUGAUCCCAUUGUCAAAUCAACAAUGACCAACACAGGCUCAAUGACUCGAUUAAUAUUUUCGGGGGGAUUCAUUUCAGACAUCAUGACCUAUCUCGCUGUGAGUGCCUUGACAUCAAUCGAGAGGCUACAAAAAUACAUUGUGACAAACAUGAUGCAGGUGACGAUCCAUCUUGGCAAGGAUUCACCCAUUUUGCUACCAUCAUCCUCUCUAUUGAUCGAAUCAGGACGCUUUAUGCCAGAGACAUGUUUUCUUCGAAAGCGUGUGAUCAAUGACAAGCUCGAAUUCAAGACACUAUAUCAAAUUUUACAAGGAGUGGAUCGUCAGCAUGCAAUUAUUUGGGUGUGCACACGCCCUUCCAAGUAUGAUCCUUGUCCGUGGACCAAAGAUUUCUUGGCCAAAGCUGAUCGUUGGAAGCAUGCAACUCGUCCUAUCGCCGUGGAGUCAACGUGGCAUGUGCAUGAUGCAAAACUUCCAUCAUACGUUGCAGCUGGGUCUAGUAAUAGCAGCGUUAUCAAGGAGGAUACCUUCUGGAUGGAGAAUAAUUGGGAGAUGCAAGACGCAUUGACUAAACGGAUUGGUCUUGACGUGCACCUCAACAAUACAAAACGAGGAAUGGAGCCACCAGCUGCCAUUGUCAUUAUCAGGCCUGAUGGUUACAUCGCUUCCACUGCCUUGAUCCAAUCAGCAGAUGAUAUUGAUAAGGCAUUGACCCCGCUGGAAACAUAUCUGGCACUUGCCAAUUGA